AACUUUUUUGUUAACAUGAUGCUGCAAAAAAUUCAAAAACCUGUUUAACAUCAUAGAAGAUCGAUUUUGUUAUUAAAUUUAUACAGAAGCCAAGAAAUAAGAUGUAUUAUUUAAUUAACAUACAAGACGUAAAAAAAGCGAAAACAUCAUUAGGAAAACCUGUUCUAUAAUAAGAAAUUGGAACAUCACAGCUGUGCAGAAACAGAAAGUCCAUUCUGAUGCAUGGAACGAAAUGAAACGAGAGGUUCAAUUUUUUGAAAAAGUGAAAAUGUGGCGAUGAGCAAAAAAGGAGUGGUAUUCGAAAUACACUUCUGAAAACAAUGUUCCUUCAAGAGAUAGGUACUCUGUGCAGCAUUGUAGGCUACUAACCCCCUCUUGAUAGUAUUGACAGCGUAAUCCCUCUUCCAUCCUAGUGGGUAGGCGUCUGUGGGUAUAAGUAAGGAAAAUAACUUCAACGAGACGUAGGAAUAACUGAAUUAUAAAUUUAUGUAAUCGAUUCGAGAGAAGUGCUAGGCUACAUACUGACAGGCCUCGUGGGUUGUGCUACAUGAUCCAUGUGAUGUGAUGUUAUUGAUACAGGUCGGCCGAUGUACAACAAUCAACAGUGUCAAUAAGCGCUCUACUGUCUCGAGUAUACUCUUCCAUGAACCGCAUUUUAUAGAUCGAUAGCAACGUGCACGUGAAUUAAAUCGAGCAUGAGUAAUGACGAACAGCUGUUUCCAUAAUCGAUUGAAGGGUGGAUGAUCUUUGUUUAGUAGUAUUUCAACUCAAUGGUGUUUUAAAUUAUGUUACUUAAUUCCAGUGCAGUGCUCAUUAAAAAAAGUGAGAAAGUAAAAAUGGAUUGUGUCAAAACUAAUUGUUUCUAAACUUGUGCCAAGCCACAACAAUCAACAAAGUGUCCUAAGUGAAAAAGAACGUGCCCGCUGACGAAACUCAUCCAGGAGAAAUAGCUUUGCUGAUGAAAACCAACGCCUCUGGCGUGGCAAAAGUGGUAGCUCAGGCCAGUAUGCUAACUUUGGCGAACAAGACGCUAUUGUCGGUCGUGGCCAAUGCUACUACUGCUGCCAUGAGUGGUGAUCCAUAUGUAACCACUAUGCUGCCGCCGACGACGAUGUCAACGAACAACGGCAGUAGCGACGGCGGCGGGGACGAUGAUCAACCGAGCAUUUCCAUGGAUAAUCUCUACCCGGCGCUGGUGCAGUGCUUUGCCAUCAUAAUUUGCGGCUAUCUGGCCGGUCGGCUCAACGUCAUCACCAACACCGAGGCCAAGGGCCUGAACACCUUUGUGGGCACGUUCGCUCUGCCGUCGGUGAUAUUUCUCUCGCUGGCCGAGCUGAACUGGAGCACGGUGAAUUGGAAUUUUCUGCUCUCGAUCUUGAUAUCGAAGACGAUCGUGUUCCUCUCGGUGGCAGUCAUUUCGCUGCUGGUGGCCCGACCCGUAAACUAUGGUCGCGCCGGAAUACUGGCCACUUUCUGCACCCAGAGCAACGACUUUGCGAUUGGAUUUCCUAUCGUGUCCGCACUGUACUCGAAGCUCCACCCGGAAUAUGCGUCGUACAUCUACUUGAUGGCGCCCAUCUCGUUGGCCAUCCUGAAUCCAAUAGGCUAUGUGUUGAUGGAGAUCUCCAAAAUUAGAGCGAAAGCGGCGGAAGAAAACCAGGCACUACAGCAAACCCGUCGCCCCUCGAUUCCACCCUGUUCCCAACUGGCCGAUACCGGCAGCACCGGUCGCAAGCUCCUGAAAGGCAAACUCCUAGUCAUCGUCAAAACGAUCGAGUCCAUCUUCUUCAACCCGGUGCUCUUCAUGACCGUACUGGGCGUUAUCGGGGGACAAAUCUUCCGUAACGGAAUUCCAACCGUCCUCGCCAGUAUCCUACAGACACUGGGCAACUCCUUCUCGGCGACGUCUCUGUUCCUACUAGGCCUAAGAAUGGUCGGCCAAGGAGCUACCCUGCAAGGACCUGGCCUGAUCCUGCCGGGCAUCCUGAUCCUGGUGAAACUCCUAGUCCUCCCGCUGGUGACACGCCAAACCGUCAACAUAAUCGGCGCCGGGGCAAACUUUUCGGAGACGACGGAUCUCAGCACGUUCGGGUUCCUCUAUGGAACAUUCCCUUCGGCACCGGGUGUGUUUGUCAUUGCCUCGCAGUACAACCAGGAUGUUGAUCUGAUCGCCAACAGCAUGGUCGCGUCCACGUUCAUCAGUGCUCCUCUGAUGUUCAUUUCGGCCAAGAUGAUCACCAUCACGAACCUGAAUCCGUCCGACUAUCUGAACGAACUGGACAAGUUUGCGUUCGACAUCAGUAUCGUGGCGAUGCUCUGCUCCGUAUGGAUGUUGAUUCUGUUCACGCUGACCCGCAAGAUGAAGAAGAUGCCGCAUAGGAUAACGAGCUGUUUGAUCAUAUCGCAAUUGAUCUGCAACAUCGGAGUGAUCAUGUGGUCGACGUUCGAGCAGAACUCCGGCUGGAAGAUGUAUUUGCAGUUUUACUUCUUCACGAUCGGGUGCUACAGCAGCCGGCUGUGGACGGCAUUCUUGGCGAUAACGAUCCUGUUUCUGCAGUGCCGUAGUUUGUGCUUCGUGCUGAAGCUGUGGCCGGUGUUUAUUGCUGCAGCUUGGGGUCUACCGACGAUAUUCGUAUCGCUCCUGUUCUUCCUGGACAACAAGAACAUAACCCCAACGGAGAAGCGCAACCCAAGUUUCCAGUACGGGAACGCCCAGGCAGCGAUAGCGGUAUUUCUUCUAGUCAUGUGCUUCAUCGUCACCGUCGGCUGUCUGAUUCUGCACCAGCGAUUCAAGAAACGGCACGAAAAGUAUAUGACCCUGUCGAGGGAGGUUUCCUCACCGGAUACGGAUACCAGCACCCUGGGAGCUUCAUCGGUGACCAAUUUGAUCCAGGAAACGCCAAAUACCACAGAACAUAGCAGAACGGUACAUAGACGGCGGCAUUCGAUGACUUCGAGCGAUGACGAAAUGCUGAGGGGAAACGAUUCCGGAUGCGGAGCAGGUGCUAGUGGGUGUUGUAGUGCUGGCGCAAAUACUCGUCGAACCGUUGUUGAUAUUGAAGAUUUGGUUGUUCGUGGGAGUGUGAACAAUGACAUCGAGAACGAAGAAACUAUAACCUCCAGCGGAAUGUGCUCGGCGCAGUUCAACUGCCCAUCAGCCUCGAAGCAACAGUGCCAGUCGAUGAUCGCGCACUAUCGGGAACAGGCUCGCGAUGGCCUGGAACCGUUAGAGUUUGACAAAACCGUUGAUGAACACCAAACGCUCAAACACAUGGUCCUCUUGAUUCUGCUCCUCUGUUCCAUGUUCGUCGGACUGGCGCUUUCGGUAUGGACCCUCAUCAUGGAAGGCAUGUCCGGAAUCUACGUCGAGCUGACCUUCCUGGAUGCUUUCCUUAACUUUGGUCAGAGUAUUAUUGUACUGGCCGUGUUUAUCAGCGACACUGGUGAACUGCUACUACCAUUGAUGAAGUUUUGGCGCAAGGUAUGGUACGGAGCCAAUUUGCUUCAGCUGCCAAUCUGGAGCGAACUAUCCGCCGAAACACAACACAUUUGCGAUCAGUUUACGACGCAUCACUUGGACAAUUGUCGAAAGGCGAUUGCCAGGGACAAGAGAUGGCGCAUCCGAAUCUACAAGAAGGUGUUUUACGGCAAUGUUUUCGUCGAAUGGUUGAUCGAGGUCGGAUUGGCGAAGGAUCGCUCGGAUGCAACGCACUACGCACGGCGACUGAUCGAUGGGCGGGUCCUACGACACAUCAACAAUGUGUACCACUUUCACGAUCGCAAUCUACUGUACACGUUUUGCGAUCGCUUGUAAGCUGUUUUAGCGAUCAGGACUGGAGUGCUUUGCUUCUAUCUCGCGGCAGCCAGUAUUUCUAAGAAUUUUACCAAAAACAAACCCACAAAAAUAAUUCUAGGAAUAGCUAGGAGAUACAAGCCAAGAGCUCCAAGAGUUUCCUCUACACAAAAAUGGAACCGGUUACCAAAUAUGAAGACAAAACGGAAAGUAUUGUGAUGACUACGACGACGGUACUCGUAGAUUAUUUCUAGGCAAUUAAUGUUUCUUAGAGCGAAUUUUGUUGAAUAUUCUUAGUUUAGGUAUUUAUUCUUCUUUUACGUUGAUUGAGCGGCAAGGCAAUGAGUGAUUGUAAAUAUUUGAAUCUUUCUUAUGAAAGGACCAACGUACGGUAGGAUGGAACGUGUACAUUUUAUAUCGCAUAUUUUAGAUAUUUAAUAGCAAAGCUUGCUUAAAGGUUCUCAAUCAAUACACAAAUUUUAGUCUGAUACAAGCUACAAGCAGAACUAUACAAAAUAUAUACGAUAUUUAUCAUGAUAUUGUGCAGCUUCAA